AACUUAAUUACAUGCCCAUAAACUGUAUUUUGCUUCGUCUAAUUUAAGAGACUAAUUUUUCUUCCCUUGUGACAACAUAUUUUUAUUGGCGGGCAUUUGAAGUUUGUCGUCUCACAAUUUCUUUCCUUUCCUUCAAAUUGCGCAGGCUUCGGUUAUUCUAGAUUCUUUUGUUCCGAGCUCUCAUUGCUAAAGAUUUCAACAGACGAAAAUAAAACUUGUCUAUCUGAAAGUAGAUUCGGCUGUUUAACGUUUUAAGGGAUUGCAGUCUAUCUAAACAUACAAACUAAACAGGGGUUUUACUAUGCCGCAAACAGAAAUAGGACUGGAAGCACCAAAGCGUGAGUGAUAUAUAUUAACUUCCACUGCAGGUGGCAGCAAUGGUUGUAGGCUUAAUUAAUGCUAAUCCGGUAGUCUAUGAGAGGAAAGAACGACCUGCCAGGAAUGACGUAGUGACUGAUGAUGAAUUUGCUGUUGAGCCCAUUGAUCAACAAGAGAUAUUUGAUCAUGUAAGAGACAUAAAAGAUCCAGAGCAUCCUUAUUCUCUUGAACAACUUAAAGUUAUAUCAGAAGAUGCAAUUGAGGUUGAUGACGUACACAGUCAUGUUACGAUUACGUUUACUCCUACAGUUGAACAUUGCAGUAUGGCAACAGUCAUUGGGCUUUGCUUGCGUGUGAAACUCAUGCGUUGCUUACCUUCUCGUUUCAAGGUGGAUAUUAGAGUGGCACCUGGAACUCAUGCAACAGAGGCUGCAGUAAACAAGCAACUUAAUGACAAGGAACGUGUUGCAGCUGCGCUAGAGAAUCCAAAUCUCUUGGGGAUGGUAGAUGAGUGCCUGGCGUCAACAGAUGACUAAUUAUUGCUCCUAAUUAGUGUACAUUAGUACCAUAAAAACAGACGAUGUGCGAGUCUAUUUGAGUUAGAAUCCUUUCAGAAGACCUCCAUUCCCCUGAAGGAGAGCUUUUGAAAUUAGUUGCUACUGUAUGUAACUUUUGAUCUUUAUUAUUCAAAGGAUAUAGCUGCUAAUAUUUUACAUCGUUGCCCCCAUUAAUAGCAUUCUUUGGAAGCAAACUGCAUAAAAAAUGGAGGUUAAAAUCGAUGUCAUAUAAAUAAAUUGAGUUAUUUUUUAAUGUAAAUUAUAAAUUAUAAUGCC